CUCUUCGAUAUCAAGAAGAAAGGAAAUAAAAAUUUCUACCAAACGAAGUCCCCAAAAUCUUAUAGUGGAGAGCUGUCAAAUUAGAGAAAUAUGGUUCAAUCAUUACACUUCACAGCCUGAUGUAGUUAGAUAGAAUGGCAGAAUGUAUUAGUAGAUCAUCAGAACUUCCUAAACAAGACUGUACAAGCCCCAGCCCAACAGAGACUGUUUGUUUAGAAUCUUUAUGUGCUGAAAAUAUUCCUGGUACAUCACAACGCAAUAUUGAAGCUCCACUUAUUCUUCAGAACGACGAUUACAAUAUUGAAGAGGUUGAAAAAUUAGAAAAAAGUAAUUUUUUAAAUGAGCUAGGAUUAAUUCAAGAAUGUGAUGAUGAUGAUAUUGAUGAAGGUGAAGAUGAUCAGGGCAAUGAAGAUGAUGAGAAUAGAGACGAAAAUUGGGAGGAUUGUUUAGACCAAGAAUUUAUUGAUGAUCUUACGGAUAAUCCGGAUGAAACUAGUAGCUGUGAAGAGGCAACUAAUUUUAGUCCCAAUCAAUCAAGUACUCCAAAAAGUUCACAAUUGAAAAGAAGUUAUUCUGGUUCAAGUGAACGAACUUUGCGUAAACGCAAGUUGGACAUUAAUAAUGGGUUGUCAAUGUUGCCAUGUAAAAAGAUACAACCAGAUUCGCCAACGAUGUUCAAUAACAACCCUCCUUUUCUCCCGGCAACUGGUUCCACUGCUUCUCAAACACUGUCGGGCGGGACGACGCACUCCAGCGGUCGAUCGCGGCCUAUCAUACCGACCAAGGACAAUCCGCCACCGGAUUUGUCCAAUUGGUUGGUACAGUUUUCGGCUUGGUCGAAUGCGGAACGAAUCAUGGCCAUAAACGAGUUGAUUGCUAGGUGCGAACCGACACAAGUUAGGCAUAUGAUGCAGAUAAUUGAACCGCAAUUCCAAAGGGAUUUUAUAUCAUUGUUACCAAAAGAACUAGCUUUAAAUGUUUUAUCAUUUCUCGAACCAAAAGACCUUUUGCGAGCAGCGCAGACUUGUCGCAGCUGGCGUGUAUUAGCCGAGGAUAACCUUUUGUGGAAAGAAAAGUGUAAACACGCUGGUAUCGAGGAAAUUCCAAGAAAAAGAAUGUCUGCUAGGAUACUCUCUACUCACAUGUCGCCUUGGAAAGCAGCUUUUAUGCGUCAACAUGCCAUAGAAAUGAAUUGGAGGUCGAAGCCUAUUAGACCUCCGAAAAUUUUAAAAGGUCACGAUGACCAUGUGAUAACUUGUCUUCAAUUCUGUGGCAAUAGAAUCGUCAGUGGAUCAGAUGAUAAUACUCUAAAAGUAUGGUCAGCAACUACUGGAAAGUGUUUAAGAACUCUCGUUGGACACACUGGAGGAGUUUGGUCUUCCCAAAUGUCAGGAAGUACUAUCAUAAGUGGCAGUACAGAUAGAACUUUAAAAGUUUGGGAUGCAGAUACGGGAGUUUGUAUACAUACUUUAUAUGGGCACACAUCUACUGUGAGGUGUAUGCAUCUACAUGGAAAAAAGGUUGUUAGUGGUUCAAGAGACGCUACUUUAAGAGUUUGGGAUAUCGAAACUGGAAACUUCCUCCACGUUCUAGUCGGUCAUUUGGCUGCAGUUCGCUGUGUUCAGUAUGAUGGUAGACUUGUUGUGUCAGGUGCCUAUGACUAUAUGGUUAAAGUAUGGAAUCCAGAGACUGAAGAGUGCCUGCAUACCUUACAGGGACAUACCAAUAGAGUGUAUUCAUUACAG